CGAGUGAGAGCGACGACAUGGUGGCAGAUGGGCGGUGCGGUGACGGCGGUGGCAGCAGCGGCGAGGAUGAUGACGAUAGCAUCAGUAGCAGCAUGCCCGUCAGAGUGCUCAGCUAUUCGCAGUACUGUCGCUACAGAGCACUGCUCAGACGCCUCCAUGGCGUAGCUCACCUGUGGAUGAGCACAGCCGUGGUGGCAGCACUGGGCGGCAUCACCGUGCGCAGCAGCGACAGCGUCUAUUUCAUGUUUUGCCGCUCGACGUUCGAUCAUCCGCAUCUUGCCACGCACCAACUCAUCUGUGAUCACCUCGCACCAGUAUUUAAAGGCAGGAAGCGUAAGAAGCCACUGAGUGUGGGGAAGGGAGAUGAUGAGCUCACCGAGGAUUCGAUGGAUAGCAGCUCGACCUCGAGCAGUCGGGCCAGCUCGCGGAGCUCCGUGCAGCACUCCCGCGACGACGUCCAGCCGCCAAAGUCUCAACCGUCGCCGCGCAACGGAUACCUCCACGAGGGGGCGCUGCCGAGCCCGACGACAACGACGACGAAGCAGCCGACGGCCGCCGACGACGCGUGGCUGCAGCGGCGCCCCCUGGAGGCGCUGGCGACGAGCGACGCGACGCGUCUCGCGCGGCCGCACGCGACGAAGGAGGAGCUGGAGUUCUUCCAGUCGCUGUGCCGCUUCAUGAGAGAGAUGAACAUGCCGAUAGAACGCAUCCCCUCCCUCGGCUUCAAGCAAGUUGACCUGUGUUUCAUGUUUGCUUACACGCAACAGUUGGGAGGCCACGCAAAGGUCACCGCCAGGCGGCUCUGGAAGCACAUCUACGAUAAGAUGGGCGGUCACCCUGGCAACACCAGUGCUGCGACCAGCACGCGACGCCUGUACGAGAAGUUGUUGCUGCUGUAUGAGCAACACAGACGCGGUGAACCACUCAGUAAACCCAUACUGACACAACUCUGCCCCAAACUCUCUGCCAAAGUCGAUACUCAAAUCUCUGCGGACCAAGAGCAAGAUACGGCCAAAGAGAGAAAGAAAGGACAUAAGCCACACAUUCACGCUCAGGAGCAGCAGUGGAAAGAAAUGCAACUCGCUCAUGGAAAGGCGCGUCACGAGGCGAUGAUCAACCAGCGGCUGCAGGUGACCGCCGCUCAGUCCGCCAUCUUCCAGCCGAUGCUCUUGGAUCGCCAUGGCGACAAGCAGAAGACGGGCGUCGGUCUAUCGUCUCCCGUCUCCCUCGCGCCGCAGCCGCCGCACAGUGCAAUCAAGACGGGUGACUCAGCGAUGCGAUCCCACCAUCGUCUGACACUCCCCGCCUCCGGUCGUCACGGCGACCGCACACCUUCGGACUCAACCCGCCGAGCCGCCGUCGCCCUGGAGCACGAGCGGACAGCGCCCCCUGGCGGGACGCUUGCCGCUGCGGCGAUGUCGCCGUUUACGUCGCGUCAGCCCCCGCACAGCCGCGCGGGCGCCGCGGCGACGCAUCGCGCUGCGGCCGCUGCGUGGCUCGCGAUCCCGCCCGCCCACGCGUACGUCGUCGCCGCGGCGGCGCGGCCUCUCUCGUACGGCGGCCGCGCGACGGAGGAGGAGGAGGAGCGGUAG